AUGGCGGGGAUUCAAGCACUCCUGCACAUUACUGAGAGUCCCAUUGUCUUCUAUGCACUCCCAAUAGCUGCUCAGGAAGCAAUCCUGCAUGCAUCUGGAGAUGGCAUACCUUUAUCAUCGAAGGACUACUGCAUGCUAUAUAACCCUCACUGGACAGCUCUUCCAAGUACCCUAGAAAAUGCAACUUCCAUUAGUUUGAUGAAUCUGACUUCCACACCACUAUGCAACCUUUCUGAUAUUCCUCCUGUUGGCAUAAAGAACAAAGCAGUUGUGGUACAGUGGGGAACCUGCCAUUUUCUUGAAAAAGCUGAGAUUGCACAGAAAGGUGGUGCUGAAGCAUUGUUGGUUGCCAAUAACAGUGUCCUAUUUCCUCCCUCAGGAAACAGAUCUGAAUUUCAUGAUGUAAAACUACUGAUUGCAUUUAUAAGCCACAAAGACUUUAAAGAUAUGGAGCAGACUCUUGGAAAUGACAUCACUGUGAAAAUGUAUUCUCCAUCAUGGCCUAACUUUGAUUAUACUAUGGUGAUUAUUUUCAUAAUUGCUGUAUUCACUGUGGCAUUAGGUGGAUAUUGGAGUGGACUAAUUGAAUUGUAA